CUCUCUCUCACUUUCUCUCUCACAUGUUCAGCUAGAAUUAGUAGUGACUGCAAUAGAAAUGAGAUAGAUCUUCUUCCUUCGAACGACAUUUACUGUGGUAACGAAUAGCAGUGGAAAACAAGAAAAAAUAUCACAACACAACAGAAAAGAGAAAGAGCAAAGGAUUUUAGCAGUUGUUGCAAUUACUGUUGCUAUUUGUUUUAACAUUUCAUUUAUGAUAUUCUAUUACAGUUAAUAUGCGUGGCUUUUUGAAGACUGAACGUAGUUCUCAAGCUACUACGGCGUUACCGCAAAACAUUCCUACAUAAAAAAAAAAAGAAAAACAAGACAAGAAACAUCACACUCUAUCUAUCUAUACAUAAUCACACUGACUUGAGGACGUGUUUCGGGCAAAAAUACAAUUAAAAAAAAAAAAAAACUGGCAGGGAAAGGAAUUAUUAUUAGUAUUAAUAAUAAGAAGCUCCCGUGUGCAAGGUGCCUUCAUUGAUCUCACCAACACCAGUGAACUAAAAACAAUUUCCAAUAUGGUGUCAUCAUCAUCAUCAAAACCUGCAUCAUCAUCAUCAUCAUCAUCAUCAUCGUCGUCAUCAUCAUCACCAUCGUCAUCGUCAUUAUUAUUAUCACAAUCAUCAUCGUCAUCAUCAUUACCGUCAUCAUUAAUAUCAUCACAAUCAUUAGCAAAAUCAGAAGCAACAGCAGCCUCAUUAUCGUCGUCUGUGAUUGUAUUUUCGGCAGUAACCAGUCAUCCGAAUCGCCUGAGGAAUUUGUUAUUGUUUUGCACGCUUUUUUUCCUUUUCUAUGCUGAAGGUCCUUGGUCCAGGCGUCUGUCAGCCUGGGCGAGCAGUUUGCCGGAAUGUCGGCCGGAAGACUUUCAUUAUGAGUACACUGAGUGUGAUCAGUAUGGAGGACGGUGGAGAGUUUCUGUCCCAGAACCAGACAAGUGUGCUGGAGGGACGCCUAAUAAUAUUACUAGAGGAAAAGACUGUUCCUAUACAUGUGAAGCUGGUCAGUACCUUGAUAUCCAAGGCAAUCAAGAAUGUUUGCGCUGUCCGAAAGGGUCAUAUUCUCUUGGUGGUGGAAUCCGAUUUGAUAGUUGGGACGAGCUACCUAAAGGAUUCUACAUUAAAACAGAAAAGUUCUCUGAAAUUGGAAUGCUAUCAAACAAUGAAGAAUAUGUGACUGAAAAAUCCAAUUGUUCCAAUUCUGGUUGGAUCCCUAAAGGAAACUUCAUUGCUGCUUAUCCCAAAGACUGUGCUACAUCCCUAGUUUACACAGUCAAUUUGGUGAAACCUGGAUCUGUAACAUUUGAAUAUCAGUUUUCUGAAUCAGCUUCUUUGCUUCAGUUUCUGAUUCAAAACAGCCAAUGUCAAAACCUGGUCAGGGAUCAACCAAAUCAAUAUCCUCCUGCGACAGAGAAGGGCCAGUGGAAUAUUGUAACUUUAAAUUUGGAAUCUGGCAUGAAUGUCCUCUUUUGGAAAGCUUUUAGUUUGCCAUCAAAUGAGAAUGAUGAAACUGUAAUGAGACCAGUUCUAAUAAGGAAGAUUCAAGUGGAAGGGGUAGCAUUUUCUUCUGAAUGUACCAAAUGUCGUAAUGGCACCUAUAGUGAUACGAUUGGAUCAUCGUACUGUAGACCGUGCCCAGAGGACACCUAUUCCGAGCGAGGAGCCACUAAAUGCACGUCAUGCGACAAAGUAUCAGAAUAUUCACCUCGUGAGUCUGGGAACUGUAGGAAAAAACAACAUUGUCGUGAAAUGGAUUAUUAUGAAUAUCAAACACCUUGUAAUAAAGAAGGCUUGACACAAACAAAAUACAGCUGGAUGGUGCCAAUGCGUUGCCGUACAGAUUUACCCAAUGCAACACAACUACCUCCCCCGAGUAAGGUUGAGAAGUGUCCUCAAUGUAACCCUGGAAUGAUGAGUGUUCCUGGUUCUGGUUGCAAAUUCUGUGCAAGUGAUGAAUAUUCAGAUGGGGCAUCACCUUGUCAAAAGUGUCCAGUUUCUACAUCCCCACAAAUGGGUUACACAUAUAAAUGGUGGUAUACCAUGCCCCCAAACAUAACCUCUCACUGUCUUAAUUUAGAAGAAACUGAAUGUGUUACAAAUUCUAGUUGGAUACCUGCUAAGAGUUACAUUCAUACGAAAUAUGGGCCUGGUGAACGAAGUUAUCUCUUACUAGUCCUUGAAAUACCUGGUUUCCGAGGAAAUGAAGCUAUUAUCUUGGAUAAAGGAGUAAAACUGGGCCAGUUGACAUUUGUUUUUGAAACGAACUGUUCAAGUCAGUGUCAGUUCUACUUCAUGGUGGAUCAUCAAACAACACGUCCUAAUGUUGUGAAAAAAUGGAUUGGUACUCAGCAAAAGCAGAAAUUUGUGUUUCCUGUUCUGCGAAAUGGAGCUGCUAAAUUUAGCUGGAUUUUUAUGCACUCACAGUGGUUGUCUAAGGAUGAAGACGAAGAUAUUAGCCAAAUGUAUAUUACUGAUUAUGCUCGAAUUUAUUUCAUAGAAGUCACCAAUACAAUAUCAGGCGGUGCAGCAAGCUGUCAAAAAUGUCCAAGAGGAACACAGCAAGACGGCUGUGUUCCCUGUCCAGAUGGACACUAUAUUGAUGUGAACUCUACUAAGUGUACUCCGUGCCCACCAAAUACUGUAGUUCAUUCUGGUAAUGCCUGGGGAAUAGAGUCAUGUAAACCUUGUGGACCAGGAUUGCAUGCUGUUGAUGGACGCCAAUGUAUCUCUAACUGUACCUACAAAGAUGUAAAGAAUAACCGGCAUUAUGACUUCGAAAGUCUUGCUGGCUUUCAACAUGUAAUUGGAGGACAUCUAUUUACCUCAGCUGGCACCCAGUACUAUCAUGGCUUCAACAUCACUCUCUGUGGAUCUCCAGAUGGGCCUAAAGCUCAGUGUAUAAAUAAUGUCACUACGCUACCCAAAGAGAAUUAUGGUACCACUUAUAUGCCACUGGGAGGUCCACGAACUCUAUCUGCAUCAGUAUGCCGUUCUACUUUGGUACCAAGUAGGGAUCACAAAUCACUUGUCUCUACACAACCUGUAAGUUUGGGUGAACAUCUAGUGAAAAUCACUUCAGGAAGCAAUAUGACAAAAUAUUUUGAAGAUGCUGGCUUCGAACCUGGUGAUGAAGACAUUCAUUUUCAUUACAAAGCAGAGAGUCCAACAGCUGCUUGUCAGGAUGGCCGAGAGACAAUCAUUACACUUCGAUGCGAUGUGAAAGAAGACAAACGUGGGACUAUUGACUUGCCACCUAAAUGUCCAGAUGGCACAUGUGAUGGUUGUACUUUCCACUUUCUGUGGCGUAGCCAACAUGCCUGUCCUGUUUGCAGAGAAGAAGAUUAUGAUGUUAUUGUUAGCGAAUGUAUAGCUGGUGAACAAACAAUUCAUUAUUAUCCCAAAAAGCAUUGCAUGAUAAUCAAUAAUGAGAAGCCCACCACCAAGAAAAAGAAAUGUUCUUCAAUUCCCUUUGCUAUUGAAAUAGGUAGCAUGUGUGCGCUGUCAGUUGGCUUAUUGUUGCUCUGUUUGGUAUUUUACUGCUGGAAGAAAAAUAAGAAACUGGAAUACAAGUAUAUGAUGUUAGUGGAAAGUGCCACUGGGGAAAAGGAGCUUCCAGCUGCUGAAACUUGUGCCCUUGAUGAUGGGGAAGAAGAACAUUUUGAUGUGGUUGACUUUCCUAAGGACUCUAAACGUAAAAGCCUGCUGAAGACUCUCCGCUCCAAAAUGGGAUCAAGAAAGGAUUGUGAUUUUGUUAAACUUGAAGGAUAGCAGCCAUUUUGAAAAUAUACCAUUCGACCAUGUAAAGAUGCCACUUGAUGAACAGUUUACAUAAGGUGUCACUUAGAACUACUGGCUUAACAUUGGAUUAAAAAGAAAAAAAAACAAAAAAAAAAUUUAUUAUGAAAAAAAAUGUCAUUCUACAAGUCCAUAUUUUUGUGUUAUAGUUUGUUAAAACUGUGCUUUUAUUGGAUUUUUACUGGAAACCUGUUUGAAGAUGCCUCAAAAUAUAAAAGGUCAUUGAACUCAGCUUAAACAGAAUCAAAGUAUUUGAAAAAAACAUUCCAGUAUUUGUAACGUUGCUACAACAUGGCUAAACCACUGUUACCAAUAGGAGCCUGUUGACGUGUGGAUAUUGUCUUAUACAAACAUACAUCAAUGGUCCCUCUCACACUGAUUUAUGUUUUAUUGGCAAGUUUAAAUGUUCAGUACUGUUAUACAGAUGUGUCUAAAAUAUGAUGAUGUAAAUCAUUACUAUUAUAUUAUGGUUAUAUGCAGAUGUGUCAAUAUUGUUAACAGACUUUUAUAAAAUUAUAUAUAUAUAUAUAUAUAUAUAUAUAUAUAUAUAUGUAUGUAUAUAUAUGUAUGUAUAUAUGUAUGUAUGUGUGUGUGUGUGAAAUGAAAGCAUUUGACAAUACUUUCAUAUAGGCAUAUACCAUUAUUGAAGAAUAUACAAUGCUGUCACACACAUAUCUCAAUGCUGUCGUAUGGAUACACCUCAUACGCUUCAACACCCCUCCACAUAGAAAUGUGUCAUGUUACAUUGGCAUCUAUACCCACCAUUCUAUUAAUAUACUAUCAUAUUAAUAUUAAUAUGAUAGUAUAGUCAUAUGUCUGAAUCUUUGGCUCAAUUUUUUAAAUUUAGUUCUAAAAUUGUUCUUCAUUUUUUUCUAAUAAAAUACUUACAAUCUUUAUUUUUUGUAUUUUAUUUAUAGACUGCUUUUAAAAUGUUAAAAACAAAAUUUAAAAUGAUUAAAUGUACAAAAACUUUGAGAGAAUGUAUAAAUUUGUUUUUUUGGAAAUUUAUUCUAUCACAAGAACAAUGAAUAUAUUCCAAGGAGGCCAUUUUCAUGAAAACUUCAUAAUAAACUGUCAUGGCCAAAUAUAUAAUUUUAAAGAUGUUUUUUGUCUGAUUAUGUAAUUUAAGUACUUGUUUUGUUUUAAAACUUAGCUGACAAAAAAGUAGUUACUUUUUUUCAAUUGCAAAUUCUUUAUUUAUAACUGUGGUUUGGAGAAUAGUUGUACUAAUUCUAAAAUGUCAAAGAGUCACCACAAGUCUUUUUUUUUUCUUGAAAUUUCUCUUGUUGAUUCCCUCCAGUAGAAUGUUAAAAAAUAAAAAUAAAUUAAAAAGAGAACGUUUAUCAACUCCCACCAAAAUUUGGAGAUGACUUUCCAGUUUCCAACCCUAAAGUUUCAGAAGACGUAUAUAAAUUAUCACUCAUAACCUCUAUUAUAAACACAAUCAUAUUUUUAAAUAUAUAUUAUCACGCAAAACUUUUCACAGAAACUUACACACAUUCUUAUUUUAUCUGAAGAGAAAAAUCUGCAAUCAUUGGUGAUUUUGUACAUUCUUCCAGGAAAAGGUGAGACCUAUUGACUUCUUUCUUGAAUAAAAUAUUCUCCAAAUCUC